GCUCCUCAUCUACGGCAAACAACCCCCCAUCGCUGGACCUGCCACCGCAAGCCCGCUGCCUGCCGUCGCUGCUGCCGCUGCUGCCACAGCUCCACUGAACUUGGCAUUAUUCUAUUAUUCUACCAGGAGGAGACUGGGAACCUUACACACACACACACACACAUUCUCAUGCACACACACACACAGAGACAUUCUUACACACUCUUUUUAACACACACAAACACACACACACACACACACACACAUUUUUAGAUCUUUCCAGGAAUUAAAAAAAAAUAAAAAAGAGAGACCUGAUAAUAUACAAAAACAUACAUAUAUACAUAUAUACACACACACUCACACAUAUAGACGCACAGGCGCAGCCACAGUUCUCACACACAAACGGCGGCGUGUGCCCACACACACACACACACACACACUCUCUCGCACACACACAUACACACAGAGGAGCAAACAGUAUCUCUCCCUUCCUCUCUCUCUCUCUCUCUCUCUCUCUCUUGCUCACCCACUGUCGCUCCCUCACCCUCCCUUCUACUUACGUACUCUCUCUCUCUCUCUCUCUCAUUCUCUCUCUCUCUCUCUCUCUCUCUCUCGCACACACACACACACACUACACACACACACACACAUACACCACUACAGUAUAUCAGCAAGCGCCUGGCGGAGAGACAGAGAGAGGGGCGAGCCGAAAUGAAUGUGAAGAUCCUGACGUUGGUGAUUGUGCUGCUGGUUUCUCUGCUGUGUUCAGCCUGUGCUGGUCCAAUGGCCUCCACCGAGCAUAGCAAGGAGCUGGAGGAGGUGGGGAGCAUGCGGACUCCACUCCGGCAGAACCAGGCCCGAGCCGGGCGGAGCCAAAGACCCUCCAGCUGGAGGAGGAGACGCCCUCGGCCUCGCCUGUCCCACAAGGGACCCAUGCCGUUUUAGAGCAAGGCACUGCGUAGAGCGCCCUCCCCCAUGGUUCUGAUUUCUAUGCUCUUCCUUUGCCUUGGGGGGCCUUGCAACAAGGGGCCUUCGCCAGCCCAGCCUGAAGAGUGAUGUCCAUAGCACCUGCUGGUUCUUCAAGCAACUCUUCUUCUGUCCACAAACUACCAGGACAAGCCACUCACCCUCAGCUCUAUGAAGAAUUGUGGGCCGGGAUCGUGGGGUGGUGGGGGGGGAUAAUCGAGCCCGAGCUACCAGAUUCUAUCUCUCUGUCUGUCUCUCUCUCCUCCCUGUGGUUUUUUCCUCAUUCGCUUUCUAGAGAGCCCUUUCCAUUGCCACACUUUGCAUGACGUGUGAGCGCCGGGGAGCCUGGUCCAAAAAAACAAAACAAAAAAAACCCCAGAAGCCUUUCGCCUGAGAGCGUCAGUUCGUCAGUUAAUUCUGCAAGGCACGUUAACGACUCCCAUCCUCUGUGUAAAAGGGUGAAAACCGCCCAAUUUUGUUCCAUUGCUGUGUUGUGGAGACCUCUGAUGUGAACAAACGAUUGACAUGACAUGUGAUGUGAUGUGGGAGGGAAGUGGCAGGGAUCGGAAGGUAAAGGCUUUUUUUUUUAAAUAUAUAUUCAGAACAUCUUCAUCACCGCUUCUCCCAGCCCGGGUCAAAGCAUUUACUUUCUGCAAAUGUUAUUGUCUACAAUGUUACUUUUUUUUCUUUUUUUAUCAUUUUACAUAAUGUUAUUAUCAUUCUAUUUUCUCCUGUAUGUCUGAUGCAACAGUAAGCCGAAUGUCUUUGGAGAAAAAGGUUCAUGUUUUUUGAUUUGGGUUUUGUUUCGUUGCUUUGAAUUAAAAGAAGACUACUAUUGUCAGGAGUCCAGUAAAGCGAGUGUAAAUCGAUGGCAUACAGAUGGGCUGCAUUUUCCUCAUUUGCAUACUUACACAACCUGCUUUAAGCAUUACCGCUUUUAAAGAUUUCGCCGUCCAAAGCUUAUUACGCAUUAUCCUGUAGACACCCUGGGGCUGUGAGCAGAGUGCUUAAGGUUUAAGCUGCCACAGUGUCUCCUUAUGGGAUCAGGCACUACCCCAGAUAACAUGACCAUGUGGGGCCUGUAUGGAAUUGUAUGGGGACUGUGUGGAACUGUAUGGGACUGUAUGGAACUGUACAGAACUGUAUAGAACUGUAUGGGACUGUAUGGGACUGUAUAGAACUGUAUGGAGCUGUAUUGGGACUGUAUAGGACUGUAUGUGUCCUGUAUGGGACUGUAUAAGACUCUACAGGGCCCUGUAUGAAACUGUAUAGGCUCUGUAUGGAACUGUAUCGGGCUGUUUGGGACCUGUAUAGAACUGUAUGAGCCCUAUAUGGGACUGUAUGAGAUUGUAUGGGCCCAAUAUGGAACUGUAUAGGCCUUGUAUGGGACUGUACAGCUCCUGUAUGGGGCCUGUAUGGGGCUAUAUGGGACUGUAUGGAACUGUACAAGACUGUAUAGGCCCUGUAUGGGGCCUGUAUGGGACUGUACGAGACUGUAUAGGCCCUGUAUGGAACUGUAGAGGCCUGUGUGGAACUGUAUGGGGACUGUGUGGAAUUGUAGGAGUCUGUAUGGGGCUUGUAAAGGACUGUAUAGGCCCCAAUCUGGGUUGUACACUACACAUGUGGCCUAGAUGGAACCUAUAUAAAAUUCAGGUGGGCUGUAAUGAUGGGAGCCAUUCAGAAAGUCCCAUGGGCUCAUGUAGAAACCCACUCAAACCCACUCAGAGCCCAUAAUGCCCACUGAAACCCACUCAUAUAAACCUCAUGUGAGAAUGUUGGCUGGGGUACUCUACUUACCCAUGUGUGAUCGUCCACCCCGAGCCCUGUCCUCCUCCCCUGCAGAUAAACACGACUGUUAACUGGCCGGGGUGGUCUGUCCUUCUGGGCGGACCACAUCUCCUUUUAAUGAAGUGCCAAAUAGUAAAAUCUUCUCUGCAAUGCUGCCAGGAAAGACAAAAAACAAACAAAAAAAAACACAAAAUCAAACAUGUUACCUCUUAUUUUCUGCUUUCUUUUUAAGUUUGAAGUUUUCUUGAAACACCUAAACCUGUGUAUGCAUCUCACAUCCACGUACACGAACAUCUGAUGUUUUAAAGAAAAUAAAAGACAAUGGUAGCAAAGAAGAUCGAACUCAGUCGAACUCAGACCAAAUCAGACCAAAAACCUUUCAAAGCAAAACACGCAAACACUUUAUAACAAACAUUAACACACAUUAUUCUUCUGUGUGUGUGUGUGUGUGUGUGUGUGUGUAUACAUGUGUGUGUAUACAUGUGUGUGUGUGUGUGUACAUGUUUGUAACCAACCACUAGUGCUCUCUUCUCUGAUUGCUUAGCUAAAGGCUGGAACGCCCCCAUCCCACAGGACUACACCAGUCCUUCUCCUGAUGACCAGAACAAUAUGUAUGCCUUUUUACAUAUUUUACAUCAUACUGGAACCUUUAUCAUUUUCAUUACUUUUUUUUUUUUUGUCUUUGAUUUAUAUUAUAUUUCAGUUAUGUUUCUCAGGGUGCUGUGAGAGAAGCCUGUACUGAAUGAACAGUCGCUCUUUAUUAAUUUACUCUAUUAUUUUAUUAUUUCGUGCAUUUAUUUAUGAGAAACACACGCGCUAAUACACCACACAUACAGUACACACAAAUAGACACACAUGCAUACAUACAUGCACAGAGCAUAUAUAUGCAUAUAUAUACACAUCUCCCUGCCUAUGUAUUCACCACUAUAACUCUACUGUAUUCCGAUUGCGUUUUUUUGUAAGCCAUUAUCGUUCUCCCUGUUUUGGGAGCAGUUGCCUUUUAGCCUUUUAGAGUCUCUUCAGCACAGGUGGCCAUUGCUUUGAUGGCUGUGGUCAUUAAAUCCUAUUGCUAAUCUAUUUCAGAUGGGCCUCGCUGGAGUUUAGCCAGAGACGAAGGCCUUCGACGUCUGAGCUCAUUGUCCAAUUUGGCUUAGAUCGUGACCGCACGUACCCUCACUACCCCUCACUACUCCUCACUAUUCCUCACCUUCAGCGGUUUAGCCUAAUUGUGUUGUAAUGUAACACUCUUUAAAUUCAGCUAAAAUCAAAGCCACCACAAUUCCUGCAUCGUUUUAAUUGCAUCACCUCAUUAAUUUGAUGAAUGAGGUCUGUUUUCUUUUCUAAAAAUCUAAAACUAAAUUUUAAACCUUGUUUAAUACGUUUAAAACUCUUAUGAAGAGAUAUGAGGCUUUUUUUUUUCUACACACAAGACUGUUACACAUAUACAUAUUAAACAUUAUAUUCAUAUUCGUAAUUGUAUAAUUGUGAUGCUUUUCCCACAUUCCCACAUUCCCACAUUUAUUCCCCUCCACCGGCCAAUAAUCCAUUUUUUUUCUCCAUUCUCGAUGUAAUUGGAGAGAAAGUGUUCCAAUGUUGCAACGUCCCAAUGUUUAAUGCCUUGCAGCGUCGAACAGCAGCUCUUAAUAGGAAAAAGAAUCAGAGAGUGCCUCUCACCUCGAGACCAUGCUGGUACAAAACAUUUUAAAUAAAAAAAAAAUAAAUAAAUAAAACAUCCAGCAAAGCUCACCUUGAUUAAAAAUGCAUUAAAUCGUAGGGUACUGCGAAUGCUAAUAAUUCCAGUCUCAUCAUCAUUAUAAUUUUAAUAUUUAAUAAAAAUACCCUCACAGACAGAGAUGUAGAUUUCAUUAAUGCGCCUUUUUUUUCGAAACGCAACGAGACGCCAAGCAUCUCGUGCAUUAGCCGGGCAAAAUUCAGAGGAGAUGAGCUUCUUUCCCCAUCAGUGAGGCCGGGUCUGUCGAGAUGAUCCUAUCAGAUGAAAGAGCCAGGGUUAGAAUCAGUAUUCUUCUGUCCGGGAAGCUCCCGUCAGAGGUGCAGGAUAACGUCUGCAUCUGCACUGUUCUUCAUGAAUGUAUCUCUACCAUCUGCACCAGCUGAGCUGCCCCUUCAGGGAGUGAAGUAAAGCAGAGUUUCAGCACAAUUCAAGCCUUGAAAGAAGAAGAAAAAUAAAAAGAAAAGGAAAAAAAAGGAAAGAAAAGAAAAAACAAAACAAAAACACAAAAAAACACCCCCAUCACUGCAACAUAACACAACCCAACCCUUCAGCGAUGGCUAUCUGUCGGAUCACAAGUCCAAAGACAAACACGUCGUCGCCGUCGUCGUCGUCCAAAGCCUGUUAUAACAGAGACCCCCUAUCAAUCACUUGGCUUUGCUCCAACACCUCUCUGUACGGGCAUGCAAGGCUGCACUUUUGCAAUUCCAUUAUGCUGCUGGAAAAAGAAAUCCUGAAAACACGUCUCUUUGGCAUGUAAUGGUUUUCCAGUGUAUCGUGACAAUUUUAUUGACUGAUUCUCGUCUAGCUGGUUGUCCAAAGCUUACUUUCCAAUACAGUGUAGAAAGCUGUAUUUUAUUUGUGCGUGCGUGUGCGUGUG